GUGGGGGAGGGGCCGCCGCCGGCUGGGUCUGUGAGGAAGGCCUAGGCCCUGGCCUGCUGUGCUGGGCUCGCCGGGCGCGAGGGCGCGCGGGCUGCUGUCCCUUCUGCCCGUCCCAAACAGGCCAGGCGCGGGGAAGACCUGCCGGAGUCAUGGAGGACGAGGUGGUCCGCAUUGCCAAGAAGAUGGACAAGAUGGUGCAAAAGAAGAACGCGGCUGGAGCAUUGGAUUUGCUGAAAGAGCUUAAGAAUAUUCCCAUGACUUUGGAAUUACUACAGUCCACAAGAAUUGGAAUGUCAGUAAAUGCCAUUCGCAAGCAGAGUACAGAUGAAGAAGUUACAUCUUUAGCAAAGUCUCUCAUCAAGUCCUGGAAAAAGUUAUUAGAUGGACCAUCAACAGAUAAAGACGCUGAAGAAAAGAAAAAAGAUGCUGCAGUUACAUCACAGAAUAGCCCCGAAGCAAGAGAAGAAAGUAGCUCCAGUGGCAACAUAAGCAGCAGAAAGGAUGAGACAAAUGCUCGAGAUACUUAUGUUUCAUCUUUUCCUCGGGCACCAAGCACUUCCGAUUCUGUACGGUUAAAGUGUAGGGAGAUGCUUGCUGCAGCUCUCCGGACAGGAGAUGACUACAUUGCCAUUGGAGCUGAUGAGGAAGAAUUGGGAUGUCAAAUUGAGGAAGCCAUAUAUCAAGAAAUAAGGAAUACAGACAUGAAAUACAAAAAUAGAGUUCGAAGCAGGAUAUCAAAUCUUAAGGAUGCUAAGAAUCCAAAUUUAAGGAAAAAUGUACUGUGUGGGAAUAUUUCUCCUGACUUAUUUGCCAGAAUGACGGCCGAGGAAAUGGCUAGCGAUGAGCUCAAAGAGAUGCGGAAAAACUUGACCAAAGAAGCCAUUAGAGAGCAUCAGAUGGCCAAGACGGGUGGGACCCAGACUGACUUAUUUACAUGUGGCAAAUGUAAAAAGAAGAAUUGUACUUACACACAGGUACAAACUCGUAGUGCUGAUGAACCAAUGACGACAUUUGUAGUCUGCAAUGAAUGUGGAAAUCGAUGGAAGUUCUGUUGAGUUGGAAGAAUUGGCAAAAUGUCUGGACCAUUGAGAAAAUGGAUUUUGUAAUUAGCUUUAAAACUAGACCAAGCAACUAGUUUUCCUGCAAAUCAGAUUUUUAAAGUAACAUACAUCCAUCCCUUGGGUUAGUCUUGGUUUUGACAUAAUGUCCCUUCAUUAAAUGUCUUCUGUAGGUUCAGAUCAGUAGGGAAACCACGUAAUAAUUUUAUCUGUUUCAAAACAUUUUUUUUUCAUUUUUCUAAGUAAGUUGAUAUUAAACUUUGGCAAUUUACUAUCUUGUUCUUUUUUCUUAAAGGAAAAUGUACCUUAACUUUUUUACAGUCUGAAACAUACACAGUAGAAAUGUUCUGCUCGGUUCCUGUAUUGGCAUAUAACUUGCAAAUAUUAAAGGAGGAGGAGAUAAUAUAAGUUUAUCAAAUGUGGUGUGUAUCCAAAUAAUACUUGACCAGCUUAUCUAAAUUGUACAUAAUAUUUGAGCUAGCAAAUGAAACUGAUUUUGAUUAGUUUGUUCACAAUCUGGAAUAAGAUAUUGCAUUUGUAACUAACCAUGAUCAUUUCUUGUAAUUUCUUGUACAUGUUUAUUACUUGUUCUUAAUAGAUUUUACUUUUGGAAACAUGACUUUGAUGAAAUCAG